AUGUCGGAUGACGAUUUUAUGCUCGAGGACGAUGAAGAGGAAGACUACAAUUUCGAUUAUGAAGAUGACGAUCCAGAAGAACCUGACGUUAAUUUAGAAAAUAAAUAUUAUAGUGCAAAAGCUCGGAAAGAAGAAGAUCCUACCGGUGCUAUUAAAGAGUUUCAGAGUGUGGUGGAUACAGAGCAGGAGAAAGGCGAUUGGGGUUUCAAGGCACUCAAACAGAUGGCGAAAUUAUCUUUUAAAGCUGGAGAUCACGAAUCAACGCUCAAAUAUUAUAAGCAACUUCUUUCCUAUACGAAAUCAGCGGUGACGCGAAAUUACAGUGAAAAAAGUAUAAACAAUAUACUUGAUUUUAUUUCUUCUUCCCAAGAUAUGAGUUUCAUGGAAGAAUUUUAUUCAACAACCCUUAAUGCAUUGGAAGAGGCCAAGAAUGAGAGGUUAUGGGUCAAAACCAAUCUCAAAUUGGCAAAACUUUGGCUUGAUAGGAAGGAAUAUAAUAGGCUGAAUAAG